AGUUUUAUUAUCCACAUUACAGGAAGAAGGAAAGAAAAACAAAAAAACAAACCAAAACAAAGGAAUCUGCACAGCGAGAAGUGAAGUGAAGCCUCGUCUCAUAUCCACCUGAGAAGCGAUGGAUGGUGAGCCAGCAGGAGGCACAAAGCUCAUACAGGAGUUAAAGGUUCAGCUGAUUGAUGCUCUGAGUGGAGAACCUGACUUGGUGCUCCAGCAUUGCCACUCAUCUGGUAUACUGACCCAGCGAGAAUAUGACCACGUCAAAGCCUCCACAGUGCCCUCUGACCAGGCCCGGGACAUUCUUGAUUACGUGAUGAAGAAAGAUAGAAAACAUGUCUGGAUGUUUCUGAAUCUCUUAAAGAGUGAAGAUAUACAGCAGGCAUUUCCUAAACUGGCUUUCCUUAACAACAUGAAUCUGAGAGCAGCAGUGAAUAAUGAGAUUAAACGAAAACAAGAGCUACCAGAAAUAGAAGUUCCCCCAAAGAAGCAGUGCAAAACCAAGAGUAAAACCGUGACGGAGAAGCAGCUGAUGCAAGUGGCCCGCUACAUCGGCAAAAACUGGAAGGAAGUGGGCAGGGUGGCACUGGAGAUCUCCAACACCAAACUGGAGCAGAUCAUGGAGGAGAACCCCCAUAACCACAGAGAGCAAGUGUUCCAUAUGCUGUGGCAAUGGAGCAUAAGAGAGAGGGAGAAAGCCUUAGCUACUCGUCUGCAUGAACUUCUGAGUCAGGAAGAGUGUGCCAUAGCACCCGGGAGCAUCGACUUCCUGCUGAAAGACAGCUGAGAGUCCAGGCUGAUCGGUUAGAGUUGUAUUCAGUCAUGCGUGUGUAGGAAGGAGUUCAUUUUAAAACACAUCUGUAUUCAGGCUGCAGAUUUAUCUCAAGACUUUACUUUUCAAGCACACAAGUAAAACUUUAUAGUUCUUUUGAAUAGAGACUUAUUUUUCUUUGUGUAAAGUCCAGUCAGCACAAUUGUCUGUCGUCGUACAUUGUGUUCCUGUACA